AAUAACCUUAUAAGAUAGAUAAACGUUUCUGCAACUUUGCCAGAUGGCAGCAUUUCACUCCUCGUAAGUGCAUUCCAAUUUAUAAAUACCCCAAAAGGAAUCUGUAUGAUCUAUAAUUUUACUUGCUUCCUUCUACAAAAUUGGUGUUGAUUUGUUUGUUUAUUACUGAUAGAGAUUUUCAGUAAUGACAGACAAUAAUACCCUUCCUAAAUUAUAUCCAUGUAGCAUUUUUUUAAUAUCAAAAUGUAAAAAUUAAUAAAUUUUACUUCCUGGAAUUCAGCUUUAUACCAGAAAGGACCUGGAGACCCAGUGAGACCUGAAUAUGGUCCUGAUGCAGGGAGAAAAAAUAGAGAAGCAUCACAAGACGUAAAUUUACUUGCACACUGGAUUAAAGCAGCUGCAUCGACUAAGUGAAAACAUGCCAUUUUUUAAUUCCAGCAGCCAUUUGAAUAGAAGACUGGUUUUAUAGUUUUAGCCGAUUUUUACCUUUUCUGUAUUUUAUCUCUUGUACACCACUUGGAAGCCAUAGUAGUUAAGCAAUAUAUAAAUUGUUUAAAUAAACAAAAAUAAGAAAUAAAAAUAUUUGCACCAUGCCAAGUAAUUAAUUUGAACUACUUGUUAUUGGCAUGUCUGAAACUGUAGUUAAGAAGUCAGUAGUAAGAUCUGAAGAAUUAUUAUUUGUUCAAGUGAAAGAAAAAUGCCUACUGUGUUAAAAUUGCUGUUUAAACUGUCUGCACUCCUGAGUCUUCAUACUGUGAGUCACUUUAAGUUCCCUUGCCAACCAUCUUAAAUGGGAAGGAGAAGUGUUUCAGCUGCUGGGUAUAUUACAGAAACUUCAGAAAGUGUAUUCUCUCUCUUCCUUAUUAAUCUGUGCAUUUGUCCUCCAAUAAUUUAUGUAUGAAAUAUGUUUCUGUUGGUGACAUUGUGCCUAUGACUUAGUUAAAUAGCCACCAUGGUCUUCAAAAUGUGUAUUUUAACUUACAGCAAAAUCAUAUGAACCUUUACUCAGAAGUCUCAUUGUGUCCCAAUCACUCCAUAGUAGAUGUGCUUAGGGUUGCACGGAGCCACUUCCCUCAUUCCUGACAAAAAAAAACCCCUCUUUGUAUUUCCAGUAUGGAUUGUUCACAUUUUUUCCAUAACUUUUGUCGGAUUUCUGAAAUCACAUGGUAAAUGUUCCUCUCAGAGCUGUAACCUGCCUUUCAAACAGGACAGAAAAAGGAGGCAGAAGGAGAGCCCCUAGAGUAGGCAUGUCCAAAGUCCGUUUCGAGGGCCAAAUCUGGCCUGUCGGUCAGUUUAAUCCAGCCCCUGUGGCAGUUUAUUUCCAGGGGUAAAUCCUAAAAAAAGGUCAACAGCUUUGGUCGGCACUUUGUUUGGCCCCCACAGUCCUUCACUUCAUCAAAUCUGGCCCUCUUUGAAAAAAGUUUGGACACCACUGCCCUAGAGCAAGGAUGGGACAUCUAUAGUUCUCCAGAUGUCAUUGGACUCCAGUUCUCAUCAGCCCUAGCCAGAAUGGUCAAUAAUCAGAGAUGAUGGGAAUUAUAGUGCAACAGCUCAUGGAGAGCAACAGGUUCCCCACCACAUAAUUAGAGUAACAAAUUGGUAUUGAAUAUAUAUAUAUAUAACAUACACAAAUGAUAUCAAAGAUGAGAAUGAAGUGACAUAACAUCAAAAGCAGGAAAAGUUAAUUGAUGAAAUACACUUCAAAUUGUACAAUAACAAUCAGGCUUGAGUGCUGAUUACGACAGCACACAAUAAUUCAGUUUUUAAGCUUCAAAAAAAGAGGGGCUGAUGGGUAACUGGCUUGUAAGAACAAAUUUCCAAUCAGAAUUUCAGCAAUCCAUAUAGCAUAAUCUUGUUGUUGUUGUUUAGUCGUGUCCGACUCUACGUGACCCCAUGGACCAGAGCACGCCAGGCACUCCUGUCUGCAUAAUAUACAUACAUCUAUAUGCUAGAAGAGGCUUCCUCAACCUCAGCCCUCCAGAUGUUUUGAGACUACAAUUCCCAUCAUCCCUGACCACUGGUCCUGCUAGCUAGGGAUCAUGGGAAUUGUAGGCCAAAAACAUCUGGAGGGCCGAGGUUGAGGAAGCCUGUGCUAGAACAACUUCAGUAAAGGCUGUAGCUUCCCAAUGCUAGCAACCCCAGACUUUUUCUUAAAGCAUAUUUUGUAAUAUUAUAAAAUAUAAAAUUAACUGCAUCUAAAAGUUAGAAAAUGCAGAGUAUUGUGCCAGGCUUACAUAUAUGUAUACCUGUUACUUAAAUUUUUAAACUAGUAGUUUAAAAAAAAACCACCAUUGCCAUCUGUUGCUGUAAUGUGUUAAGUGGCCUAAGAUUGUGGGUUUUGCGGGCAAAAGGAUAUAAACAUAAUUUUUUUUUUUUACUGAUUAUCCAAUCUUAAAGUCAUGAUUUUAUUUGAAGUACUUUUGAAGGCAGUUCUUGAGCCAGGACUUUUCUGUCCAAAAAUGGAUUAGUAAUAUGAAGAGCUAAUAUUUCUUAUUUGGGUUAUCUUUUCUACAUUAUUUCCAUAGAGACUUUCUAAGUAGCUAACCUUGGAGAAGAGUGUAUCUAUUCUUAGGAUUUUUUCCUCUAAUUUCCUCAGUAUUCAUCUUUAAUUAAAGAUUGUUGUCACAGGAUUAGGCAAGAGAUAGCUACUAAUUUAGCACAUAGCAUUUUCAUUCAUGUGUUACCACAAUCUUAUUUGACAGACAUAGUAGUGUAAUUUGUAAGAGCUUGUUUAUAUAACAGAUAUGUCUAUCAUUACUUUGGAACUGGUUGCUAGACAUUGAGCUGUAAAUAUUGUGGACUGGUCCAUUGUCUGGCUCUAAAAAGAGGAGCACAUCAGACUUAACUGUGAAGGCUAGGGGAAUUACAGUGAAAUGGUGAUGUAAGUCCUUCACGGUUUAGGACCACAGUUCUUGUAAGACUGUCUGUCUCCAUAUGUACCUACCCACACAUGAAUGGAGGGCCUACUGAAGGUACUGCCACCAUUUUAGGUGUAGGAAGUAGGUACCAGAGAACGGGCCAUCUCAGUGGUGGCACUCCAUUGUAGGAAAUGCUACAAAUGUGAAAAAAGGUCAAAGACCCAAAAGCCAAUGGGGAUAAUUAAAUAAAUUACCGUAUAUACUAGAGUAUAAGUCAACCCAAAUAUAAGCCGAGGCACCUAAUUUUAUCACAAAAACUGGGAAAAUGUAUUGACUUGAGUAUAAGCUGGUUCACCACACCACAAACCUGGUGGUGGCAGCAGCGGCAGAGGAAGAACAAGCAGCCCAAAAGAGCUGCUUUUGGGCUGCUCGUUCCGACGACAACAGAGGCAAAGGCGGCAGAGUAUAAACUGGGGGGGGGCGCUUUUUCAGCAUAAAAAAUGUGCUGAAAAAGUCAGCUUAUACUUGAGUAUAUACGAUAUAUGGGGAGGUGUGCCUGGAUUAGCAAAUUGUGGUUAGGCAUUUGCCAAUGUAAACUGAAGAAAGUUGAGUUAAACUUGAAAAUGUAAAUGUUCUUGGAGCUGACAAUCUACCUUCCUUGCAGAAGCAUGAUGGCCACUUCACAGUUAUCCAGCUAGUUGGCAUGCUACGUGGAAUUGCUUCUGGCAUGAAAUACCUCUCAGAUAUGGGCUAUGUACAUAGAGACUUGGCAGCUCGGAAUAUUUUGGUCAACAGUAAUCUCAUGUGUAAAGUCUCUGAUUUUGGAUUAUCGCGGGUAUUAGAGGAUGACCCUGAAGCAGCUUAUACAACAAGUGUAAGUUUCUUUUUAUUUCUCAUACAAAAAGACAAUUGAUGCAAGAUUUGUAUUUCUCAUUUUCUUUUUACAGUAAUUCUUAACUUCUGUCUCGAUAAUGUUUAGAUUGGAUGCUUCUUGUAUUAAGCUAUGUUUGUGACUUGUUAUCUUUACUGCAAAAUGGGAUGUUUCAAAUGCCAUUUUCUUUAUCACGAAAGUACAUCCGAAGAAGGUCCCUACUCCCAUCUAGCCAAUUUUAUUUUGCUCUUUUCAUUUUCUAGGGCCAGAGUUCCCCAUAACCUGAAUUUAUCUGUGAUAAUUGGAAUUUUAUUUUUGAACUACAUAAACUUACUAUCUAGAUAUUAUUAUUUCAUAUCCUAGAGUCACCACAAUAACUAAGCAGUGAAACUCUUGUGCAUCCAUUAUUUAGUCAUGAUUAGGUUUAUUUCAGAUAUCUUUUAAAUUUGGAAAUAAGGAAUUACCUGAGCAUGAUGUCGUUCAUGCAUCAGUUUGGUAAUUCAAAUUUUCCCUUCGAUUCACCUUGGUUCUAUUUGUUGGAAUAUUACCUAAUAACUUAUGUAAUGUUGUUCCUUCAUUUUUUUAUAUGAAGGCAUGCAGUACUGUAGAAAACUGGUCUAGGUCAUGGAUGCAUUUUAAUGGAAACUCACUUUAGCAUUCCCAAGCAACCUGCAACUAGGUUUAUAAUCCAUACCUAUACUGUGUAUGAAAAUUUCAUUUGUUUCGUUAGAACUGUAGUACCAAGAAUGGUCAUGGUGAUAUAAGUUUGGGGGAGGGAAACCCCCUAAACCCAAGAAAUUAAUGACUGUCAGAAUCUAUGUAAUAUUUGGAGUAUUAAAGGGAAGAUUCCAGGCCACUGGAACAAUACAGGCUAAGCUUUCUUUCUAGGCCAGGGCCUCACCUGGGAUAGAGGCAUUAACAUGUCAAAAGGUGUUGAUGACCAACAUCCAAGAGGAAUCCUUGAGCCUGGGCAGAUCCAAGCAGGGGUGUGUGGGGAAAGAGAAGACCAGAACCAUCUUGGCAGACUGGCUGAAGGGAGGCUGGAGAGAUGCCUUGGACUUGAGUGCUGCACUGCUGUGGGGAACAAGUCUCUCUUGAGAUGACUAUGCUGUAAGAUCUGAACUCCCUCCAUAUAAAUCCAGGUAUAAAUAAAAUAUGUGAGUAAAUCAUAUUUCGUAAAGCCACAACAGCCUCCACCUCAUCUUGAUUCUCAGCGGAAACAUGACCCCAGGAUGAGUGCCUGGAACCCCUCUAGAAUCUUGCUACUGCUCAGCUGAGGUUGGGGAUUGGCGUUUCGCCUUUGUAACAGUAUAUUCCAAGGUGCUCUGUAACCCUAUGUUUUAGAUUCUGAAGCCUUGCUCAUUUCUAUGGGAUAAAUGCAUAACUGAAUACAGCAGCAUAGGGAAUUUAUCUGUUCCUUAUAGACAUGUGGGCUCUCCCAACCUUCAGGGGCUUUUCUAUUUAACUUCAAUAGAGAACACAGAGCUGCAUGCCUGUUGUGCACUCAGAUCCGAUCUGGAUCCCGUUGAAAUCAAUGGGGAACCUUUUAGGGCAAUACAGGUAUAAAGGGGGCAACAUGACUACAUGCCUCUUUUCUUUUGGCAAGGCACUUUAAGGCUGCCUGUUCUGGUGCUACACAUGGCUAGUUACUGACUUCAGUGUCUGUUUUAUUGCAAGGCACUUGUGGUAUGAUAUGCUCAGGGUCUGCCUGCCCUGGGCAAGCAGGGCAUGCAGGGAACAGGAGGUUCCCAGAGAAGGCACCCUCAAGUUUCCAGGCAAGGCAAGAGGCACUGCAGAAUACAUUGUACAAUGUAAGAUGGUUUGGAACUGUUCUACCAAAAGGCGCUUUCAAAAGAACAAUAUACCAACACUAUGAAGACAACUAUGUGUACACUGUCCAAAAAUAAUUGCCUGUGGAAGGCAGCGAAUGCACUCUAUGCCUGCAUGUGUACACACUUUGUGUUUGGAGAACUGUUACCUGUAAGACACCUCCCCCAAAUGCCCAAUCAACUAGUGGAUUAAUAGUCACUCUCAUUAUCAAUCCACACUAUUUGUUUUUGAAAACUGCAACCUCUAAAUUGCAAUAUUGGCCAUGCUGCAAGUGCUGUGUUUUUAAAUGCUUUGCAUCAACCACACAUUCUUCAAACUCCUUAGAGCCUGUUCAGUUAUAAUAAAUACAAAUAUCUGCUCACAGAAGAGGCCUAAUCACAUAUAAGCAGUGUAAAAUUAGAAAGUAAUCAUAACUUCUCCUUUAAAAAAAAACAAAACUGCACAAGAUCUCUCAAGCCAUAAUUUUUGCUUAUUACAACCUAUGAACUUGUUUUUAAUCUAAUAAGAGUUCCGGAGCAGGUUAGAAAGUGCUUGAUUUAAAGCACUGCCAUUAGGGUGGGUGUGUUGUAGGUUGUUGUUGUUUUUUAAAAAAAGGCUGCUGCAUGCCUUUAAAAAGCUGCCUGAAAGGCAACUUUUCCCAGCAUAGAGAUGCAGAAACUGGAAAAACUUCAUCUGUUACAUUUCCCCCGUCAUGCUGUUUCUAAAGCUGUAGGAGCCGAUGCAGAAUAAAAGAUAACAACCAUAGAGAAAGCAGAUAUCUAAGGAAGGAGACGCGCUGCAAGAUAGCCCAGUUCAGAACUGAGAAAGGAAGGACUUGGAUGUAGCCUAUCUUUCUAGUCAUAUUUCCAUACACAUUGGCUCCAUUUGGUGGGUUAACUGCUAAUAUUUGUUCUGUUUCUUUAGAAACCAGAAAGUGUUUAUGGACCUCAUAUUGAGUUUUAUGGAAAUAAGAGAUAAUUCUCUGCCUGAUAUCACUGAAGGCAAGACUUGUUUUAGAAUAUUAAAACAAAAGAGAAAGACAAGCUAGUAACAUUUUACCUGGGGCACUUGUGUGUCAGGAAUGGAUAAGGAAACAUCCAAGAUAACUGACGAAUAUGUUUUUCCCCAUCAAAACACUGUUAAUGUAUACUGGAAGUUGCCAGGACAACAGCCACAAACACAAUGCCAUGUCUAUUUUAUGAACAGAAAGAAACCCUUAUCAAUACAUAGAGAAUAUAAGUUCUUGAACCUUUCAUAGUUUAUCAAAAUUCCUGCAUUCUAAGAAGUAGAUUAAUUUCCUCUGUCACAGUGUUUGUUUCAUCUACAAAGAAGAUGAAUAAUGGCUGGCUCACAUUGUCACCAAACUUGGUGUUCUCUGGUGCAAUAAUGCAGCAAACAUUUCUUUUGCUUUUUAAAAAUUAAAUUUGCAUACAGUAUGUUAUCCAAAUUAUCUAUAUGUGUUUCCUCCCAAAUGUAUGACAUAGCAUGUCAUGUCGUGGUAAACACAUACAGUGGUACCUCGGGUUAAGUACUUAAUUCGUUCCGGAGGUCCAUUCUUAACCUGAAACUGUUCUUAACCUGAAGCACCACUUUAGCUAAUGGGGCCUCCUGCUGCUGCCGCGCCGCCGGAGCCCAAUUUCUGUUCUUAUCCUGAAGCAAAGUUCUUAACAUGAGGUGAUAUUUCUGGGUUAGCGGAGUGUGUAACCUGAAGUGUAUGUAACCCGAGGUACCACUGUAGUCUGAUUCACAUGAUUCUUGAAAAAGUAGAGAAGGAUCUGUGAAUUGGAAAUAUAGCUGUAGCCUAUUAUAUUGCAUGCAGAAUAGAAGUUGCUCAUACAUACCCACUCCCUGCCAUAUGUUGAUGAUUCCCUUUAGAACAAGUACCGAAAUUGGCUUUUUGGGGAGCAAUCCUGAUUUCUCCUAUCAGUACUUAACAGCCACUACUGGAUCAUUGUCAAAAGCUCAGUUGCACUUUCUUGCAAGCUUUUUAAUUCAAUGUACAACCUACCACAUACUGCAUCUAAGUAUUCAGAAUGACAGUUUUAUGUUAACAGCAGAUUAACAUGUUUACAAAUCCAUCAUUUCACUGUGCUCUAUGUGAGCAUUAAUGAGAUGGUCGCUUUUCUUUUCCAACUUGCCUGAUUUCCCAGCUAGUCUUUCUAUAAAGCAAGGGUGUCAAAUCUGUGGCCUUCCAGAUGUUUCUGAAUUACAACUAGUAUCAACCCCAGAAGCAUGGCCAGUGACCACAGAUGAUUCAGGUUUUAAUCAGCAAUAUCUGGAAGGCCACAGAUUUGACACCCCUGCCAUAUAGUUUCUGUACUGGGUCUUUUCCUGCCGCAUUGAAAAUGUAAUAUGCAGUACAAUCCUAUUCGUGUUUACUCUAGUAAGCCCCUUUGAGUUCAGUGGGACUUUUGUUGUUUAGUCGUUUAGUUGUGUCCGACUCUUUGUAACUCCUUGAACCAGAGCACGAAGUAAGUGGGACUUACUUCCAGGUAAAUGUGUAUAGGAUGUGUAUAGGAUUGCAGCUGUGAUGCAGCGGAAUGAUCUCCAAGGCUGGGCUUAACCUCUCACUAAUUUUUAUUUUGAUGAACUUAUAUUAAUUUAGAAUAAUGUUAUAUUAAUUUAUAAUUUAUAAUUAAUUUAUAUUAAUUUAGAAUAAUGUUCAUUAUUAACCUUCCUGUCUAGCAUUCUAUAAAUACUAAUAUAGUCACUGCCAGAACUGCUUUUGCAAGCAUCUGCCGCAUGUAUAGAACACCAAACCAAUGAGUCUUUUGCUGUGUAUGCACUAUAUGUACCUUUAAAGCACAUUAUUUCCUUCAAAUAAUUCUGGGCACUGUAGUUUACCCCUCACAGAGUUACGAUAUAAGAAUAAGAAUAACAGUGAAUAAGAAUAAGAAGAAUAACAGUGACCUCAUUGUGGGAGUUUACUAUAGAUCCCCAAGCCAAAUGGAGGACAUAGAUGAAAAUAAUAUUUAUUACUUUUCCAGCAGUUUAAACACUACAAAAACAAUACAAUACAAUACAAAAACACUACAUAACACUAACACAUUAAACUAACAAAACAAAGAAAAAACAGUUUAAAACACAUCAAACAAUUUCAGUAUCUUAUCUUUCAUUCCCUUAUUUCCACGACCUCCUCACACCUCCCUUUUUGUAUUCCACUUCUGUUAAUUCUUUCAGCAAUUCCUUUCCAUCUUCCUCUGUUUUCUAUCCUAUAAUUAUCUUAACACAUUCUAACCUUAUUUUUUCCUUUAAUACUCUAUUAAUCUAUUUAUACUUAAUUCCUUAUAACAUUUCUACUAAAGCCAUAUAACUUCAUUCCAACAUUUUUCUAACAUUCAUUAAUUUUACAGUAUUUCUGUAAAUAGUCUUUAAACUUUUUCCAGUCUUCUUCCACCGACUCUUCUCCCUGGUCUCGGAUUCUGCCAGUCAUUUCCGCCAGUUCCAUAUAGUCCAUCAACUUCAUCUGCCAUUCUUCCCGGGUGGGUAAAUCUUGUAUCUUCCAAUACUUCGCGAUGAGUAUUCUUGCUGCUGUUGUUGCAUACAUAAAAAAAAAUUCUAUACUUUUUUGGCACCAAUUGGCCGACCAUGCCCAGGAGAAAGGCCUCUGGUUUCUUCAGGAAGGUAUAUUUGAAUACCUUUUUCAUUUCAUUAUAAAUCAUCUCCCAGAAUGUCUUAAUCCUUGGGCAUGUCCACCAAAGGUGAAAGAAUGUACCUUCAGUCUCAUUACAUUUCCAACAUUUAUUGUCGGGCAAAUGGUAAAUUUUUGCAAGCUUGACUGGUGUCAUGUACCACCUAUAAAUCAUUUUCAUUAAAUUUUCUCUUAGGGCAUUACAUGCCGUGAAUUUCAUACCUGUGGUCCAUAACUGUUCCCAGUCGGCCAUCAUUAUGUUAUGUCCAACAUCUUGUGCCCAUUUAAUCAUAGCUGAUUUCACCAUUUCAUCCUGAGUGUUCCAUUUCAACAGCAAGUUAUACAUUCUUGACAAAUUCUUGAUUUUUGGAUCUAACAAUUCUGUUUCCAAUUUUGAUUUUUCCACCUGGAAACCAAGUUUUUUGUCCAAAUUGUAUGCCUCCAUUAUUUGGUAAUAAUGGAGCCAAUCUCGCACUUUGUUUUUCAAUUUUUCAAAACUCUGCAAUUUUAUUCUGUCUCCAUCUUGAGCCAGAAUUUCCCAAUAUUUCAGCCAUUUGGCCUCCAUAUUGAGUUUUUUCUGUGCCUUCGCUUCCAUUGGUGACAACCAUCUUGGGGUUUUCUUUUCUAACAAAUCCUUAUAUCUUAUCCAAACAUUAAACAAUGCUUUUCUAACAAUAUGAUUUUUAAACGCUUUAUGUGCUCUUACCUUAUCGUACCACAAAUAUGCAUGCCAGCCAAAUGCAUUACUGAAACCUUCUAGAUCCAACACGUCAGUGUUUUCAAGAAGCAGCCAUUCUCUCAGCCAGCAAAAAGCAGCUGAUUCAUAAUAAAGUUUAAGAUCUGGCAGGGCAAAUCCACCUCUUUCUUUGGCAUCGGUUAAUAUCUUAAAUUUUAUUCGAGGCUUCUUGCCCUGCCAAACAAAUCUGGAAAUAUCUUUCUGCCACUUCUUGAAACAAUCCAUCUUAUCCAAAAUUUGCAAUGUUUGAAACAAAAACAACAUCCUUGGCAACACAUUCAUUUUUAUCACAGCAAUUCGGCCUAACAAUGAUAAUGGAGGACAUAGAUGAUGCCUUCCUGGAACAGAUGGCCAAGCAUGCAAAAGGAAGGGAGAUAGUAGUAAUGGGGGACUUCAAUUACCCGGAUAUUUGUUGGAUGUCAAACUCAGCCAAGAGCAUAAGGUCAAACAGAUUCCUCACUGGCCUUGCAGACAACUUCAUUGUCCAGAAAGUGGGAGAAGCAACAAGAGGAACUGCCAUUUUAGAUCUGGUCCUAACCAAUGUUGAUGACCUGGUUAGUGGGGGUAGAAGUGGAAGGAUCAUUAGGCGCGAGUGAUCAUGCUCUUCUGAAGUUUACUAUACAGCGGAAAGGAGCAGCCAAGCAUACUAGGACUCAAUUUCUUGACUUUAAGAAAGCCAACUUCAUAAAACUUAGGGAAGUGCUGGGUGAGAUCCCAUGGACAGUAAUACUAAAAGGAAAGGGAGUUCAUGAUGGCUGGGAGUUUGUUAAGAGGGAGAUAGUAAAAGCACAACUUCAGGCAAUACCAAUGAGAUGGAAACAUGGAAGGUGCCUAAAGAAGCCAGGGUGGCUAUCUAAAGAACUUUUAACUGAGUUAAGAUUAAAUAAGGAUGUGUACAAAAAAUGGAAAAGGGGGGAAACCACCAAAGAGGAAUUCAAACAAAUAGCCAGCACGUGGAGACACAAAGUCAGAAAAGCUAAAGCACAGAAUGAACUCAGGCUUGCUAGAGAGGUUAAAAGCAAGAAAAAAGGCUUUUAUGGGUAUGUUCGUAGCAAAAGGAAGAACAAAGAAACAGUGGGGUCACUCAGAGGAGAAGAUGGUGAAAUGCAAACAGGGGACACAGAAAGGGCUGAACUCCUCAAUGCCUUCUUUGCCUCAGUCUUCUCCGAUAAAGAAAACAAUGCCCGACCUGAAGAAUUUGGAGCAAAUGAUUCAGCAGAGAAAACACAGCCCAGAAUAACUAAGGAGAUAGUACAAGAAUACUUGGCUAGUUUAGAUGUAUUCAAGUCUCCAGGGCCAGAUGAACUGCAUCCAAGAGUAUUAAAAGAACUAGCAGAUGUGAUCUCAGAACCACUGGCAGUCAUCUUUGAGAAUUCCUGGAGAACAGGCGAAGUCCUGGCAGACUGGAGGAGGGCAAAUGUUGUCCCUAUUUUCAAAAAGGAGAAAAAAGGGAGGACCCAAAUAAUUACCGCCCAGUCAGUCUGACAUCAAUACCAGGGAAGAUUCUGGAGCAGAUCAUUAAGCAAACAGUCUGUGAGCACCUAGAAAGGAAUGCUGUGAUCACCAAUAGUCAGCAUGGAUUUCUGAAAAAUAAGUCAUGUCAGACUAACCUGAUCUCGUUUUUGACAGAAUUACAAGCCUGGUAGAUGAAGGGAAUGCAGUGGAUGUAGCCUACCUUGAUUUCAGCAAGGCAUUUGACAAGGUGCCCCAUGAUAUUCUUGUAAAGAAGCUGGUAAAAUGCGGUCUUGACUAUGCUACCACUCAGUGGAUUUGUAACUGGCUGACUGACCGAACCCAAAGGGUGCUCAUCAAUGGUUCCUCUUCAUCCUGGAGAAGAGUGACUAGUGGGGUGCCACAGGGUUCUGUCUUGGGCCCGGUCUUAUUCAACAUCUUUAUCAACGACUUGGAUGAUGGACUCAAGGGCAUCCUGAUCAAAUUUGCAGAUGACACCAAACUGGGAGGGGUGGCUAACACCCCAGAGGACAGGAUCACACUUCAAAACGACCUUGACAGAUUAGAGAACUGAGCCAAAACAAACAAGAUGAAUUUUAACAGGGAGAAAUGUAAAGUAUUGCACUUGGGCAAAAAAAAUGAGAGGCACAAAUACAAGAUGGGGACACCUGGCUUGAGAGCAGUACAUGUGAAAAGGAUCUAGGAGUCUUGGUUGACCACAAACUUGACAUGAGCCAACAGUGUGACGCGGCAGCUAAAAAGCCAAUGCAGUUCUGGGCUGCAUCAAUAGGAGUAUAGCAUCUAGAUCAAGGGACGUAAUAGUGCCACUGUAUUCUGCUCUGGUCAGACCUCACCUGGAGUACUGUGUCCAGUUCUGGGCACCACAGUUCAAGAAGGACACUGACAAACUGGAACGUGUCCAGAGGAGGGCAAACAAAAUGGUCAAAGGCUUGGAAACGAUGCCUUAUGAGGAACGGCUAAGGGAGCUGGGCAUGUUUAGCCUGGAGAAGAGGAGGUUAAGGGGUGAUAUGAUAGCCAUGUUCAAAUAUAUAAAAGGAUGUCACAUAGAGGAGGGAGAAAGGUUGUUUUCUGCUGCUCCAGAGAAGCGGACACGGAGCAAUGGAUCCAAACUACAAGAAAGAAGAUUCCACCUAAAUAUUAGGAAGAACUUCCUGACAGUAAGAGCUGUUCGACAGUGGAAUUUGCUGCCAAGGAGUGUGGUGGAGUCUCCUUCUUUGGAGGUCCUUAAGCAGAGGCUUGACAACCAUAUGUCAGGAGUGCUCUGAUGGUGUUUCCUGCUUGGCAGGGGGUUGGACUCGAUGGCCCUUGUGGUCUCUUCCAACUCUAUGAUUCUAUGAUUCCCAGAAACCCUUAAAUACUAGAAUUCUUUGAAAGGAAAAACAUGCUUUGGAUGUGCUUUAAAAAUGUAGUGUGUAUGUGUCCUUUGAUACGGUUGCAUACUAAAAUGAUAUGCAGAACUUAUAGUGUAAACUGAUCCCCAGUAUCAAACAUCUGCAAUCAUUUUUCUUAUUGCUGCUGACCUUCUUCAAACUUAUGCUUGCCAUUCACAGUAAGGUCCCUCCACAAAGAUGUUUGACCAAGUACCUGGUUCUACACGGUUCAGUCCCACAUUAAAUAAUAAAAAUGAGAACACACAGAAAACUGUAAAGAUUAAUAAUUUAAUUAACCUGGAGAUCACCACACCUGUUGUUUUGUAUGACUAGUUGUACUGGAAUGCGAAUCAGGAUGCAUGGCAAUGGUGAAUUGAAGCUGAGGCAAUGGGACACAGUUAGUUUAAAUCCUUGAUUCCUGAUCUAGUAACUGAUACCUGCAAACUUUCUUUAGGUCAGGGGAUAACUAAAAAUAAGUAAUGCUGGCACACCAAUAUUGAUGAGGUAGUAAAUGCAUAUGAUCGAUUAGAAACAUAGUAAGCACACUGGUAACACUGAAAGCAAACUGACCAUAGGAAUAAUUUUAAAAACCAAAACAGCAGCAGAAUAAUUGUUCCUGCUAUUAAGAUUUAUAGAGCAAAGUUAGAAUCUAUAUUUUAUAUAGAGCUGAAUUAUGAGAAAUGUAUAUGCUAAUUCAUAAUGCAGAGUAAGUCAAUAUUUUAGUGAUUAUCUUCACAGAGUUCUGUCCCACGGGCCAAGACACAUGCAGAGAUAAUAGAGAUUGUCACUAGAGCCCAAUAGAGAAAAAUAAAUAAUUGUUUAACAAUUACAACUGGCUUACCAAGCAGGUGGGUAAAUAUAAGUUUCCCAGAUACUGAUUAAUUGACCAAAAUCUGAAUUUUAUUAUCACUGAAUAAAAUUAAACACGGCCUUACAGAGAUGUAUGACAAUGACAUGAUUUCCACACAUAGAAAUAAAUUAAAAGCUAUGGAUGUUAGCGCGCAGAUUAAUAUAUUAGUUAACAAACAUGCUAUUACUAGCCUUUUAUUUUUACUUUUAAAUCACUGUGGGAAUGCUAUCUCACAGCUAUCUUGAAUUUUAAGGUAAGAAAUAUUUACUCCCUCUUUCUGCUGUACCCAUAUUCCAUGAUUGAACAAAACGCUAUCUCUCCAUUCCAUCUGAAUCAAGAGAGGCUGUUCAGGUGCUGUAAUGGGGUAAAUAAGGCCAAUAAGCUGAGGCUGAAUCCUUACAAGAUGGAAGCACUAUUGGUGGGUGGGUCUUGGGUCUGGGAGUUGAUGAGGAAGCCAAUUCUGAAUGGGGCUGUAUUCCUCCUGAAGGAACAGGUUCAUAGCCAGGAGGUGCUGCCAACAUUGUCUCUGAAGGCUCAGGUAGCCUCGAUGACAAGAAGUACGUAUUUCCAGCUGUGGGUAGUUUGCUGGCUAAAGCCUUUCCUACACCAGAAUACCAUUACAAAAAUGCUAUACACUCUGGUAACCAGCCAUUUAGACCACUGCAAUUCACGCCAAGUAGGGCUGUUGGUGGGGGUGGUUGUUGUUUUUGUUUGUUACUACAUUAAGUAUUCUAGUGUUUUUAUCUUGUAAACCUGUAAAGGGCAGGAUAGAAAUUUAAUAAAUAAUAAAACUAAUAUGAUCCAGAGGUUGUAGCUUGUGCAGAAUGCAGCUUCCUAGUUACUCGUUGACAGAGCUAAGUAAGAGUGUGAAAAACCACUCCUGAGAGAAGUGGAUCAGCUGACUUGUUUGCUGCCAGGCCGAGUUGUGGUGCAGAAAGCCCUACACAGCCUGGGUCCCUGGUACCUGAAGGAGUGCCUCUCCCAGUAUUAGCUGGUCCAUACCCUGACAUUUGUCAGGGAGGCCAUGCUGAUAGUUCUGUCUGUAACCACUGUGCAUUCUGUAGUGGCAUGUUGUAGGGCCUUCUCAAUGAUGACUAUGGAACUUGACUAUGGAACUCCCUCUGGUCAAAUAUAUAUUUGCCCCUCUUGUUUAUGUCCUUUAGACAUCAGUUGAAAACGUCUCUUUUUAUUUUGGCAUGUUGAGGUUGGAGGAAAUAGUUGCUCUGUCUGCUUCUGUGAAUUUUUUAUUUCUAUUAUUUUGUGAGUGUUUAAUAUUGUUGCAUGCUAGCCUGAUCUCUGAGCAGUGAGAGGAUACAAGGGUUCAUGGUGCUUGCCCAGGGUUCAGCUUCCUUGGAAUGAAGGUCAGUGUAGACUCUGGUGUCUUUAGGAUAUAUGGUUUUAUUUACAAAUAUAUAUAACCUGAACACAAGACGGAGGUGCUCACAUUAACACCACAACAAAACUUGCUGCUCUAUUAAUCACAAUUUAGGAUCCCACACAGAUCAAGCAUGUUUCUAUGUCCAGCUUCCAGCUUGCUUUCUGCUCAGCUUACACACUCCGUGGGCCUAGCUCUCUGUUGAAUUGUGGCCAACAGGUUUAGAUCUAUUUGUUCAGACAAAUCUUCCACAGAUAUAACCGAUUUAACUUUGUAGAUACUGAAACAAAGUGUGUACUAGUCUCAGCAGGAAACCUGUGUGGGCUAAAAAAAAAAUUUGCUCUGAACUUUGUCUUUUUGGUAUCUUGGAAUGGAUGACAUUCGUUGCCUUUGACUGCCCCUCUGUGGCUGCACUGGAAUUAUAUUAUAAUACAUAAUAACUGUUAGCUGUCAUCUAACAUUGUUUUUGCCUCUUUUGAAAAAUACAUAAUUUACGUCUUGCUAUGUAAAUUAGGUUUUGUAUACAAGUAGAGGGUUGUGGAGUUUUUUAUAUAAAAGUAGUGAUCAUCAGGAAAUACAAUAGUGUUCAACAAUCAGCCAUAAUUGUCUGAUAUUGUGCUAUGUGGUGCUUUAGCUUUUUAAAAGAAUUUAUGACAAACCUGCACUUUUCAAAAUAAUCAUUUUCUUCUUUUUCUUUUUUGUAAACUCAUUCCUUAUAUAUUUGAUGAGCUGAUUGGCUAUUGUAUUGGAAGUCAUCUGAUUUAUACAUUUCACUUUAAGUAUUCUCUGGACACAAUUAUAUUGCUGAAUUUAGUCUGAACUGAGGGCAAAAUCAGGGAGUUAGUCAACCAGCCCAAUCAUUUGCCCAAAAUAGCUUUCUUUGCUUGAUUGCCUUAAAUGAAUACCUUUAUUUCAAUAAAGAUCAAUAAAUGAGUGAGCCUAGGAACUUUAAAAACACUGUACUGACCUAGCCCUUAAGUUCAUUUGUUAAUAGAAGUCACUUUGAAAUGAAUGCACUUGAAAAUGAGGCAGGUGGAAAGGAUACUACUUUUCCAACUAAUUAGAGCCUGAAGGACUUGUCAAGGACUCAGCUUUGUUUUCUAAUAUGUAUGUGAAUUGCAUGGAUUGGCUCUUGUUUCUGGUAAUCUGAAGAUGGUCACUCUUUAUUUUGUGAUUUUUUUGUGCUCUUAUUGUAUACCCUUUGCAACUUUUACUAAAAGGCUUCCUAAUUAAAUUGACACGUAUUUUGAUAGAGUGAGGAGAGCUGAUGUGGUCUAUUCGCCCUGGCCCCACUGAUAUGCUCACUGGGUAUGACCACCAGCUUACAUAUUUGGCGACCAUGAGAAAGGGUCAUAUGAAUGUAGUGCUCCUACGUGAGAGUGGUUCCUGACUGGCCCAUGAUCAGAGGCAGAUUUAAGUCAAUGCAACAAGUUCCCCCAUACUGGGUGCAGGGGCCAAGGGAGUGUCUUCCCAUUUCCUUCCCAAAGCCUAGUAAGUGCUUGUCCAGCUUUGGAAAGGAGGCAGGGGGGCUCAAGGACACUUCCACCUCCUUCCCAAAGCCCGGCACCUCCCUUACCCGGUUUUGGAAAGCCAGCACGAGGACUAGGAGGCAUAGGAGCCAACUCUUAGGGGCUGUGGGGGCAUCUGCCCCUACAAUAGUAUAUUUGAGGGAACUGGGCCCCCACAAAGUUGCUGGGCAUUCCCAUUCAAAUGGUGUGUACGCACUGCAUCAUGUGAUCAAUUAUGUGGGGCGGGGCUUUCCUGGGCCCCCACAAUAUUUUAUUCAAGUUGGCACCCCUGCUAGAGGUUGUCCGAUUUUUACCUUGCAUGUGGCGUCGUAUUACCAAGGUCUGCCCUUGCCAUGAUUCCCAUCACAUAGAAGAACCGUAUGCCACUGUGUUCAACUGUGCGCACAGGUGCUAUAUCCAUGAUCAGCAAGUGGCACAGCAGCAGGCACUUCAGAGGCAGGGCCAGUUCACACUACUCCACAGCCCUUUACAAGGUUUUUCAAUGGGGGGGCGGUUUUGUAAACCUUCAUCAAGGCAUUAAAAUUAUUGUUCCUUUUUGUACAUCAUUGCUAAAUGCCUGGAUUGUGUUGGUUGAUGUGAAGCAGGCUGGCUGCGAUAGUCAUGGUGAUGGUAAUUCAUCAUAGCAGGGGCUUGAGUUAUUUGAAAUGUUCUUCCCUUUCAAUUAUUACUCACUCAUGAAGGUCCCUGCACUGUAUGAAGGUGAGUCCACUACAACGUUUGUAAUGCUUACUACAUGGAUCUUUCCUCUCACUGAGGGGAAAGCUCUUCACUAUUGUCAUAUCUGCAAUAUGGUCAACAGGUGUGAAUUUUUCACACAAUAUGGGCAUUCCACGGGGUCAAAAGAUUAAAAACAUUUCCCUCCCACUAGCCCUUCCUAUGGAGCCACUAUCAUCUAACCUCUUCUGGAGUUAAUAUUUGAAUUGGAUCUGAGAUAUAUGUGUGAAUUUAAGAAGCAGAUUAUGCAUUAACAGAGAAGAUCAUAUUAAAAAACAAAACUCCCUGAGAUGGAUUAUCACAGCUUUUUCUGCUGAUAAUAUUGACAUAUAAUCUAUCAUUGUGCCCCAACACCUCAGCAUUGCUUCUGAAAAAAGAAUUGCAUUCCCCAUGUUUCCGUGAAUAGAAGAAAUUUUAUUGUAGAGGACGUAAAUUGAGAAUAGAAGGGACAUUUUAAAACUGUAUUUGAUAAUCGCUGGAACAACUCCUUGUGCUGCUUCAGUUUCAAGUCUACUGAGGCAAGACAAAAAGCUACAUCUGGUGGCGUUCAAAAGUCAAAACACAAGGGCAACAGAGGCAAAUUCCAGAAACUGGUGAAAGUCAGAACAAAGGUGUGGGGUGAGAGGUGUUGUACAGUAUACUGCUACAUCAAAAGGAAAGCCGGGUGCAAGGAUGUUGUUCCAGCACUAUGUGCCAGGAACCCUGAGCCUUCAGAGCCCCACCCAGAGCACAGCUGUGUGUGUUUGUGGGUACUGGACAUCCCAAACUGAUGUAUGGGUCCUAACUUGUAUUUAAUUAAAUAUAAAAGUAGGGGAGUCUGGGUAACUUAUGAGAGACUGGGGGGAGGGAAUCUUCACUAUUGCAUUGUUCAUUAUUCUUAAAGUUGACACAGUUAUUAGUGUUGAUUUUAGCAUCAAUUACAGCAGUGUAAGUUAUUAGCAGAAGCAGUUACAAUAGAUUUAUUAUUUUGUACUGUGGCAUGGCAAUAUUUCAAGUAUAAAUUGACUUUCCUCUUAAUAGAAAUAGCCCCUUGAACACAUGUGUGUGUGUGUGAUAUUCAUUCUCCGCUACCUAUGCUUAAUAAAAUGAACUCAAUAUUUUAUGUCUUCAGAUUAAGAACAGGAUGCUGCCUUUUACCGAAUCAAAUUAUUAGUCCAUCCAGCUGAGUGUUGCUCACACCGGCUGGCUGUAGAUCUCCAUGGUUUCAGACAGGGGUCUCUCACAGCCCUGCCUGGAGAUGUUGGGGAUUGAACCCUAGUCCCUCGGCAUGCGAAACAGAUGCUUCACCACUGAGCUAUGGCCCUUCCCCGUGGCACCAGCACAAAAUAAGAGGAAAGCAAAUUAAAAGUUGCUCAUAAUAGCAAUGGCUAAAAAGUAGGAAAUGCCUCACUGUGUAAUUUCAUUACCAAAAAUAGCUAACAAUAGAAAAAGAGAGUGAAAUCUUAUCCUUGUGUUCCUCGUAAAUUAUUAAAUAAAAGUAAUGGAUGCUGUGCAUACAAAGCUCCUUCUUAAAGCCUCUUGUAAAUGGGUGCUACCAAAAGCAAUGGCUCAAGGAAGAAUCCUCCUCAUAAAGUAUUUAAAAGGCUUACUGCUUGCUCCUUGAAAUAAAUAGUUGGAAUCCAUUAAGUUAAUACAUGAGGUUUGUAUUUUUUAAAAAAGAAAAAAGCAGAUUACUUUCCUGCUGAUUGUACAUUCCAGUCAUCAUUAGAAGAUGAAAAAUUAACAUAUUUCUUAUGCAGUACAAGGAAAAUAAGUUGUUUCGUAAGGACUUUGAUAAGCGGAAUAAUUUACAGUAUCUUUUCUAAUAGUAAGGUUGCAUAUUUGCUUUAUAUCAUGGGAAAAUAAAUCCUAUUUAGUAUGCAUGUCCCAAACAGGACAAUUUCAGUGAGACUGUUAGUUCCUAUAAUGUAUAAUAUUAGGAUUAUGCUUAUAUAAAAGAAACUAUAGUUGGUUAUUUGGUUAUCAGUAUAUGGGUGAUUGCAGUCUCAAGAUCUAAGGGAUGAUUUCAACUAAUGAGUCUUGUCAGUGUAAGCCCAAGCAAAGACUUCAUGUCCUCCUCUGUGUGCCCUUUAUGCCCCCCCCCAUUGGCUUUCAGGGGCUAAAGAGAACAACCCAGAACAGCAGGUACGGUAAGGACAGGGAGAAGGUGGCAGAAUGCUUCUUUAUUUGCAAUUCAUGGUUGUUAAGAUUGGCAUACCUAUGGAUCAGCUGCUUGAAUGAAGGACCUCAGUAAUGACCACUCCCACAUCAAAUGGGGUUGCCCUUUGCGUGGUCGCGCGCAGCAGCCCCCCCCCCCCCCGGUAUCCCAGUGCGACUUCUGAUAGUUCAGGCUGGCUUCAUCCUCCCCAGGCUGGAUACCUGGAGAUCUCCACCUACCUCAGCCACCUACCUCAGCCAGGGGAUUAGCCAGGUAAGGAGAGGGACCAUCCUGCCCACACAACGGAAGGUGAAUCUUACCACUUUUCCAGAGCUUCUCCCGCCCUCCCCUCCCUCAGUUAAGUUGUCUUUUGCAGGUUAACCUCUUCUUCACAGGUAUGUCAGGGUCGCUGUUGAAGGGCCAGAAAGGAAUUUUCCUGCAUUGGCAGGUUUUGCCUUCCCCGUAGCAAAACGUCACAACUUUGGUGGUUUCGAGCCUUGGGCAGAAUCCUUUAGUCUAUCUUCCUAAAUGGGGGGGGUGAAGCGGUGACCCACGCCCCCCCUUGCAGCGGUGAUCCCAAGGUUCCCCUUUAAAGGGGUCUUGAGGGGAAGCAUUGGCCAUAUGCCAAGAAGUUGUCAUUGUUCUCCUCUGUGACGGCGGCAAAAUGGGGGGUGGGCUCUCUGCUUGAACAUAUGUUCUCCAGAGCCAGCCCAAUCCCCACACAUUCUGGAUAACCCUGAAGUCUCCCAUAUCCCCAGCUGGGUACUGGGAAGGAUAAACACCCAAUGCCUGAGCCAAGGUCUCCCUACAUCUGAAACUUAAUAAAGGUGUUCCUGCUUGUCAGGGGGUUGGACUCGAUGGCCCUUGUGGUCUCUUCCAACUCUAUGAUUCUAUGAUUCUAUGAUUCUAUGAAAGUUGUGGCCAAUUUUAAUCCCAUAGCACGUUGUCUUGAGUCGUUAUUCCGCUCGGGAGUCGUCUGGGCUUAGGAGGGACUCCACCUGUCCACGCAAAGGGAAUAAAUUUUACAGUUUUGGUCUAGGUUUAAAAAAAAGAAUAGAGACACUCCAAAAAUCAGAAAAUUCCAUUCACAUGUUUCCAGCUGUGGCACAGUUUUUUUGAGAAAGAUCAUACAGUAAGCUUUGUUUGUAUCAAAGCAGAUGUUACGGAACAUGUGGAACAGCUGAUAACCAUUCAGUGCCUAUUUCCCCAAAAAAUUGUGUGAGGGUUUAUAGCGGAUACAGUCAUGAUUUACUUUGAAUUAAGAUGAGAGUUACAGAGAUAAUACCUUGAACUCUUGUGACAUAUGCUUAAAAGAGCAAUUUCAGCAACUAUCAUUGCCAAAGUUUUGGAGUUGGGUUAGUAAAGAAUACCCAGAAUUGGCAAGUCUGCUGUCAUCUGCACUUGCCCCCUGCUCAUCAUAUUGGCCAGUAGGGCACAUAAUUUUCCUAAGUGUAAAUAUGCCCUUAGUGACACUAAAUGACAAGCAAUGGUGAAAUAGAUUUAUAACAGUUCAAAACUGUACUGUACAUGUUUACUCUGAAGUAAGUCCUGAAACUUAGUCCCAGAUAAGAAGUGCUACAGGAUUGCAGCCCACAUUGCUAACUCAAUUUAAAAAGUAAUAACAAGAAGGAAGGAACGCUGUGCUAAUGUUCUAGAGCAUGGGUAGGCAAACUAAGGCCCGGGGGCCGGAUCUGGCCCAAUCGCCUUCUAAAUCUGGCCCGAGAACAGUCCGGGAAUCAGCAUGUUUUUACAUGAGUAGAAUGUGUGCUUUUAUUUAAAAUGCAUCUCUGGGUUAUUUGUGGGGCAUAGGAAUUCGUUCAUUUCCCCCUGAAAAUAUAGUCCGGCCCCCCACAAGGUCUGAGGGACAGUGGACCGGCCUCCUGCUGAAAGAGUUUGCUGACCCCUGUUCUAGAGGAAAUCAACCUGAUUGUGUCACAUCCAUUUUCUUCAGGAGGGCUUCUGUGGGCAGCAUGGAUUAUUCAUAAUUUUCAAAUCUGAAGAUUUCUGCACACCUUCGUUUUGUCAUAACAAAGGUGCCAAAUUAAUAACUGUGAGGGCAGAUGGGUCAUUGGAGAAGAUAAGUAAAAAUAAUUAAAGCAGCAUUAACAAAGAAAACAUUGUGGUAUUGGUAGCAUAAUACGCAUUCCUGUUUUUCCAUAAUAUGAUACAAUAGGAAACAAAAACAAUUACAAAGUUUUCCAAAGCUACAGCAAUCCAGAACAAAGUUAAAGUAUUGCUACAGGUCUAUAAGUGUCCACGGUGUUCCCACUGUUUAUUCACUCAGAGCUAUUGCAGUUUUCAUAUUGUCAGUUAAGAGGUCUUACACAUCUGUUUUGAAGCAUUCAAGCAGCCAUUAGUCAUAUGAAGUUGCUGACUUAUUUAUCUUGUAUUCUAAAAAUUAGAAUUUAUCAAGAAGCCACAUUUUAUUGAUUGCACGGGGGGGGGGAUUAUUCUGUGCCACAAAAUGAGAAAGAGAUACAGUUGUAAUAACAAUUUUUAGCAAAUAAAAGAUACAGUACUGUAUCUGUAUCUUUUCCCCUAUGGGGAGAAACACAGCUUAGAGAGGGAAUGUUUUGCAUAGAAAAAAGCAGAAUGGAAAUGGUUAAGGAGCUAUAUUUCCUAUUUCCUCAUUCCUCUACACAGACUUGUAGUCUCUUGUGUAUGAACACUGGGGAGGAAAGCUACCCACACACCUAGUCACCUCUAGUUUUAGCGUUGUUGUUGUUGUUGUUUAUUACCCACUCUUCACUCUUAAGUUCCCAAGGGGGUUACAAUAUUAAAAUACAAUAUUUGAAACAGUUUACAAUUUACAAUUAGAACCUACUGAGAGUAGAUGCAUUGGAGCUAUUUUCAGGUGACAUUUUUGAUAGCAAUUAUUUUACUCAAGCUCAUUUUUCUAUUUCCUUUUAAAACAAUAAUUGCCUAUAAUGAGUAAAUAUUAGGAUACAACUUCAUUGAUCAAAGCAGUAGGGUUCGCCUUUUACCAACACAGUGCAAAUGGCUGUUAGUGCUGUUCCUUGUAUGAAAAGAAACUAGGCAACAGAACAAUGAUUUGCAAGAACUUCAGAAUUGACUAAAGAGACUGUGAUGGUAAUGGUUAUUAUGAUGAUUAUAUGCCAUGCACUGGAAAGGUUUCUUAGUUUUGAGAGCAAGUUGGCCUGGGAGAGUGUUCCAAGCAUGCUCUCCCCGCUUCUGACAUUGUUCUGCUUGUUUAGCCCUUGUAAGCGACUGUAGGUGUUCAGUACUGCUGAAUGUCAUCCGAAUGUCAAAUGCAAAAACCUUUGAUCAGUUUGCCAGCAUCUGUUUUGUCACUUUUUCCUCCAAGUGGGUAUUUUUUAUGAUUAGUAUUAGCAAACAUUUAGAAUAGCAACACAGUAUUAGGCAUAUAAAAUAGAACUGAAAUUAUUCAUGUGCAGUAGGCAUACAAUAUAAAUAACCUUGUCAGAAAGCAAUACUCAAUGGAGAGGCAGUUUGAUGGAGCAGAAAGAAUAGCUGCUGUGAGACAGUAAACUAUAGUAGUUAGCACCAAGCAGGUGAAUCUGUGGUGAUUCAGGAAAGGGGAGAAGGAAAAAGAGAAGUUUUUCUGGUGUAUGUGCUGGAAUCAAAGAAGGCACAGUCAGUGGGUAGCGGCAAGGCAGGGAACAAAGAAGCUGAGUAGCAAGAGAGCUUCUAUAGAGGGGAAAGAAAGAAAAGAACAAACACUAUGUGUAGAACAACAUAUUUUCCCCGCAGUCUGCUACUGUUGUUCGCACAAAAUAGGGGCACAUUUAUUGAGCUCCACUUCCUGGAUUUUAUAGAUCGGAACCAAUAUGUCUCAUUUAAGAGGUAGAAAAGCCCUUUGCAGAUGUUCAUAUUUUGUGCACAGUGGGUGGCUGGUGUCCAAAUCAUGUCAGGCUGCUGAUAUUCAUGACAUUUGCAUAUGGAUUCUGUGCAGUUAGAAGCCAAAGAACAUAGGCCAAAACCUAUAUGAUCCACAUCUUAUCUUUGUGGUAUAUACCAGAUGUGCUUUACACGUGUAGGAAGAUAUGCAGAUAUCAAGCUGAGUGCACUAUGGGGACAGUAGGGGCAGCAAGAACCCUAUUUCAUCAAUGAGGCAUACAGAUUGAACAUCUGCACAGACUGUGUCAGAAGCAACUGGGUUAUAUGUGAUUGUUCAGGAUCCCAGUCAUAUGCUGCCCUGCCCUCUUCCUGACUAGCAUCCCUCUAUGUUCAUUCACUUCUUCGAUUGGCUUGUUAAUGAGAGAGCCCAUGAUCCACUGCUAGAACUUUGUAAGGUUAGCAUGUUAGGGGUCCUGAAUUCAAUUCUUGGCAUCUCCAGUUAAAACGGCUCUCAGGUAGCAGGGCUGGUAAGACCCUGGAGGGCUACUGCCAGUCUGAGCAGACAACCCUGGACCAACAGGUCAUCGGUCUGAAUCAAUACAAGAUCACAUCCUAAUUUUCUUUGCUAAUCCAUACAGAAGCUGAAUUCGAGUGUGUCACAUUUCAGAGCCUGCCUACUUCGUAAUCGAAGGUUUCCCCAUUCUUAUCCCCUUCAACAAACUGAAUCAAAUUAUGAAUCCAAAUUCUCUGAGGUAUAUGAAUGUAUGAAUGCCAUUCAAACAGGGGACAGUCCACUGUAAAGUAAGAUACAUGGCCACCGUACAGUGAAGAUUAAAAAUGCCAAUUGGAGAAAAUAAAAUCAGCUAUUCAAAGAGCUUUCGGAAACUUUUGUUUUCUAAUUAGCAAUAGUUAUGGAAAAUACUAUGUAGAAAUAGCUAUUGACACAAAAGAUUGUGUUCUUUACAGCGUGGAGGCAGGGAGGAAUAAUUAUAACAGUGUUCUCUGUAAUGUUUCAUUUAAUUAAAGGGGCCUUUUGAGAACAAUACAAAAACAGAAUUUUUCUCCCAGACUCAAGGUUUCUCAUGGUACAUUUGGUAUGAAUGCUAUGAAUGUCAAUAAGGAAGCUUCAACCCAUAGCUCUUUAACAGUCCAUAGAUAAAAAAUCCAGUGUCUACUAUUUCUUGUAGUUACAGCCAGCCAGAGCAUCCUUCUGUUUCGGAAGGUGCCCAGAAAUAGCACAUCCUGUUAAAAGCCUUGAAUUAUUUAUGAUAUAAGAGGUCUUCAAAAGUGCAAGACUGCAAAAUUGCCAUUUGAUUUUCCUUUGCAAUGCUGUGUUUGUUUACAUUGACCCCCAUUUAAGAGGUGCUAAAACAACUGGGAUAUUGGCCAAGGUGUUUUCUUUUCUUUCCAUUUUUGUGCUUCACAAUUUUGGAAUACCUAAAGCCAGGGGGAAGGUUCAGAUAUUUCCACAUGAACCUGCACACAUGCAUGCAAUCAGUAAUUGUCAGGAUCUGGGCCAUGUAUCUUUGCUUCCUUUGUUUCAGACAGUAAAGAGGUGUGUUCUUAUUUUUGUUGAUAAGAACCCAUUGACCACCACAUUAGUUUCUUUAAAAGAAAAGGGGGGAAGGUUACCUAUUUCUAUCUCAUUAUGAAGGCAACCUUUAAAGAAAAUUAAAACCCAAAAGAAAUCAAUUCAUACCUAGUCAAAGCAGUGUUGUUUUCCCCCAAAAUCACAGUUACUGUUAACAACAUCACCCGCGUAGAUGCACAGAUGUGAAAACUAUACAUGAUGUACCUUGCCUAAUGUAGCACAUGCUGUGCUGUUCAGUUCAAAAGCAGAGGUACUGACAGAAACGAUGCAAGGAGAGUCAAACAGUUCAGCACCUGCUGUUCACUUGGUGCAUGAAAUCAUCAAGCAGCCUUGAGAUCCUAGAGAAGUUUACCCACUGACUAUGAAAAAGGACAACAUUUUAAUCACAAAACCUUAUCCCAUGCCCUCUAUAAUUUGAGUAAUCAGUCCUCUUCCUCACAAAGAGCCAAUAUAAUUUAUUGUAAACACAGCAAAUAAUUACAUAAUUCUAAAAAGUCAACAGAGAGGCAGAUUUUAUGGCAAAUUUUUACAUAUAGUCUUCCAUUUCUAAGCAACUUGGGUAUUGUGUGGAAAUGCUUGGAUAACUGUCGGGAAUAGGUUUUAGUGCUACAUCUUCGUAUCCUUGAAGAGAGCUGGGAUAGCACAGGAGAAUGUGUGUUGGGAUUGACCCCAGAAGACUUGAAUUUGAAAUUCUUCUCUGCCAUACUUGUUGGCAAGCCACUGUAUUUAGCAUCAGUCCCCAGGAAAUGUUAACGUUACCACGGAGAUGAAAUGAAGCUGUACAGCAUAAGAAGUGCAAAACGCUUUGUACAUUAAGACAAUGAGCUUUGCAAGCCCAGCUGAUCUUCUGAAUACUUCCCACCACCCUCCAAAAACAACCCCUUGCACUGCCCACAAAUUGCUGUCCUAGCUUGGUGCUACUCUGGGGGUAGCAUUUUAUAUAGCACAUGGGGCUGCUGUCCUGAGGUGCAGGGAAUAAAAAAAUGAAUCCACUGCACCUAAAAAUGCACCUAAAAAUCCUUAAAAUGCUGUAGAAGUUGUAAUAAAAAACAAGCUUGUAUUCCCAUGCAUCUCACUCGACAUUAAUCAGCCUUUUCAUACUUCAUUCUAGAAUUGCCUUUACUAGGCAACAGUAGUUCAUUUUAAUUUACUUGACAGUGAAACCACAGCCUACCAAUCACCAAGUUCUCUUAUUUGACAACAGAUCGGAAGUUCUGUCUUUGUGUGAGCAGGUGAGAAUUCCUAAAGAACGAAACAUUCCCUUUGCCUUACCUUCUCUUUAUUAUCUACAUGAAUGUGUAUGUCAUAUGCAGGCGUUGCAAAAGUAGGGCUCUAUUCAGCUAGUGGGAAACCGCCAACUUGAGGGCCUAAUUUGGCCCAUCAGGCUUCCCUAUUUGUCCCACGUCACACCCACACUGUGACAUCAGGUAUAGGACAGGUAAACCUGAGAGGCCAAAUUGAAAAGGAAGGUUCAGGAGUUCACUCUAAGUACACUCCUUUCCAACCACUGGUAGAGUUUAAUGCUUUUUGAAUUUGAGACAUUUUUCUAUCAGCCUGCAGUAACUGAAAGAAGUGUCAGAUUGCAAAAGCACCAAUUCUGAGGAGGAAAGGAAGAAAUGGGGGGAGCCAUUUAGAAUGGGCUACUAAUUCUUUCUCCCAUUCCAUAAUAAUAAUUUUACUAUUUAUACCCCACACAUCUUACUGGGUUGCUCUAGUCACUCUGGGCGGCUUCCAACAUAUAUAAAUAACAUAAAAAAAAAUUAAACAUAAAAAACCUUCCCUAUACAGGAUUGCCUUGAGACGGCUCGGGUCAGAUAACUCCAUACCCUCCAACAUUUCUCCAGUGAAAAUAGGGUCGUCCUAAGGAAAAGCAGGACAUUCUGGGAUCAAAUCAGAAACUGGGGUGGCUUCUCUAAAUCAGGGAUGGCCCUGGAAAAUAGGGACAUUUGGAGGGUCUUCUUUUUAAUAUAUCCAGUGCAUUUUCAGAGAUUACUGAACUGAGGAGAAAGAGGGAACAUAUGCUUCUUUUACAGUACACAGAAGAGACUUCCCGCAGAAGCUGUGCUUGGACUAUUAGGCAAAAUGUUCCUAUAAUCCCAGCACUAGCAAUUGCUUGUACCCCAGGACAACAGUCAAACUAAUUUGGAUGCAAUUUAGCCAGAUGGACACACUUUAUUUACAUGAGAUUUGAAUGCUAGGAGCAGUAUUUCUUAGUAAACAUCUAUUGUGAUUGGUUUCUUCCUGUGAACCUGUAGCUAAAAUGAAGUGCUUAAGGUGAUCUAGCUGAGUGUUCAAUUAACAUGCAAAACUAAGAAAUAACCCUACUAGACAAUUUUGGGACUGUUUCAGAUUGAAAGGGAAACUAUGUAUAAUUAUUACAUGUUUUUACAGUGGUACCUCAGGUUAAGAACUUAAUUCAUUCCAGAGGUCUGUUCUUAACCUGAAACUGUUCUUCACCUGAGGUACCACUUUAGCUAAUGGUGACUCCCGCUGCCGCCGCACGAUUUCUGUUCUCAUCCUGAAGCAAAGUUCUUAACCUGAGGUACUAUUUCUGGGUUAGUGGAGUCUGUAACCUGAAGCGUCUGUAACCCGAGGUACCACUGUAUUCUAAAAUUUUCAUAGGGUGCUUUAAAUUUAUGUGAAUGUGUUUAAGGAACGUACACUUAAUUCCUGAAUGCAAAUUCUUUAGAUAUUAAGGUUACUAUAGCAACCUUAAGAAAUUCAAUAUUUUAAAAUUCUGUUUAUUCUGAAAUAUUUUUAUCUCAUCUUUUGUAUGAUCCAUGGAACUCACAACAGCAUUUUGAAAACAAAAGGCUGGAUCUAGAGGUCACGCCUGCUGGGAAGAGCAUUCCCUGAGUGGGAGGUAGCAUUCGGUGCUGCAGGGAAUCAGCAAACGUUUCCCACCACCCACCCUGCCAGCAGGAUCUGUUCACGGGAUAAAAAGCCUUUUCACCCACAGAUGGCAAAGUCUGAAUCUAAUCCCAAAUCCAAAACCAGUCUGGAAGGUAAUAGAGGGCCCAGGCUCUGAAGGGUUUAAAUGUUUAGGUCUGACACCUUGCACUCGAUCCAAAAGCUAAUAAGCAGCCAGUUCAGCCACUAAAUGAUCAACAAUGCGCAUCCCACAUGUGUUGGACUGGAACCUGGAGAUCAGGGUUAAAAUCCCCACUCGGGCAUGAAACUCACUGGGUGAACUUGGGCCAGUCACUCUUUCUUAGCCCAACCUACCUCACUGGGAUGCUGUGAGGAUAUAGCGAGGAGGGAAACAUGUAGAUGACCAUAUCACAGACCAGGGCUGUUUUUUCAGCCAGACCUCAGUUCUGGCACCUCUCAGGUGGGAGUCAUUGCCAUUCUCUUAUAGAACAAGGGAGAUGUUCGUGGUGAGUUCCAGUACCUCUUUUUCUAUAAAAAUAGCACUGUCAUAGACCAUAAUCAUUUGUCCAUCCAGACCAAUACUGCCUGACAAAAAAACUCUCUAAGGUUUCCAGCAGGGGUCAUUCCCGUCACCUGUUACCAAGUUCUUUUUAACUUGAGAUGUCAUUGGCCUUGGGGCCUUCUGUAGGCACCCUGGGGUGGCUUGAAUGAUGGUCAGCGGUGCCACGGGCAACACUGGCCUCUGUCCUUUUUUUCUUCCCUCUCUCCUCUAAUGCCUUCUUGCAUCUCUGCCUCCCAAAGGCUUGCACAGCUGUUUGUUGCAACAGCCCUGGUUACAAGCAUGUGAAUGGUGCCUCUGGGGCUGGUCAGAAGGUGCUGGCUGUCAGGAGCUGAGGUGGCCUUGGAGUAAACAAGCAAGCAGGCGAGGGAGCCUAGCCAGCCAGUCCACCAGCCUUGCUGUUGGGAAUGGACAGACAAGUCCGAGGUCCCUGUGAGGCAGUGUGAGGAGGCACCUCUCUUUGGGGCAGCAGGGGCAGCUCAGAGACCAGGGGCUGCAGUAGCUGCUGCCCAGAGGACGCCCAAGGAGAGGGGAGAGGGGAGGAGGCUGAGGGAACACUCCACAAGGGAGGAUAUUUAAAAAAGGGUGAGAAAAAAGGGGUGCCGCAAAAGGAAGGUAGUUGGUCAAGGGAGCCAAGGAUUCAAAAAGGUUGAAAAUCUCUGUAUUAUGGUAUUCAAUAUGCCUCUGUACACCAUUUGCUGGGAAUCACAAGUGGGGAAAGUGCUGUUGUGCUCAUGUCCAGUUUGCAGGCUUCCCAUAGGUAUGUAGUUAGCCUCUGUGACAGGGGGCCAUGGGUGCUUUGGCACCCACAAUAAUAUAUCAGUCAGUGGACAAAGUUUAAGCCCUUCAAUGCAGGCACCCACAAUCUUCGGUGUGAGGUGGCACCUAUGCUCUGUGUGGCCUGGUUAGAUGGGCCAUUAGCCUGAUCCUGCAAGCUCAUCUUAGGUUCUUAUGCUCUUUUCCCAUGAGCAAGAGACAGAUGGCUUUGGAGGAAACAGCCUUGCAGUAUUCAUGGUUAGCAGAUAUUAUGGGGAUACAAAACCAGGCACACAAGACUCUGAAAUCCAGCAAGCUCUCUCAGCAGAGCAAAAAAAAUUCCCUGUGCAUUCCUAGCAGCUACUAAAUCAUAUAUUUUUGCAAUACCCCUCCUACCACCCACAUGUCCUAUGCAUUACAGUACAUUCUGUAUGGCUAAGGACAGAGAUAUUUUAAGGGCUUCUUACUACAGCCACCUGCCUUAUCUGUGCUAGUCCCAUUCGCUUGCAGGCUCUAAUAUGCCUAGAAGAGAAGGCAAUUCCUUCACAAAGAAAGGGAAAGGUGGCAUAUAAAUAACUCAUUCAGAACCAUGACUGUUGCGAAAUGAAAUCAUUUUUUUCUUUGUUUUUUAAAAAAUCCUUGUAAUAGUAAAUUAUUUAGUUGAAUAGAUAAAAAGAAAAAGAAAUAACCAGGGUUAAAACACAUACCAAAAAAGAAAGCAUUACAUAGGUCUGUUUAUCUCUGUUCUCAUGCUAAGUACUAUUUCAGUUGAGAAUGUUCCACAAUACAUUGUUAAAGUAGCACCUAAUAGGUUAUAGAAUAUAAACAUAAACAUCUUGUGAGUAAGAUAUGCUGAUGACAUACUAAUGUGUCAUUGUCAUCGUUAUCAUCACCCCAGAUGAUGAUGAUUUAAUAUGAUAUAUGGUCAGGGACCGAUGACCUGAUGAUAUAUUGUUCAAAGAAUUAUACAUGUAUAUAAAACUGGAAAGAAACUUGGCUGAUUUAUAGGAUGAAAGGUCCCUUGAUUCUAUAUCUAGGGUAUGCUUAUAUAUUACACCCUCCCAAGGUGCUGGGAAAUGUUUUAGAGGCCUGUGCAGUACUGUAGCAAGUUGCAUUGUAUGAACUGGAUUCUAAGAUGCUGUAAAUCAGACCAAUCUCUACAGACCUCUGCAGCACAUAUUAAUUUAGCAGCAGCCAACAUAACUGAAUACAACAGUAUUCGUUAAAAAAAGAUAAAAGAGCACAGAUAAAGAGUUACCCUGAAAGUGUCUCCCAUUCAAAUACCUGAAACUGAUUCAGUUCUACAGUAUUAUUUCAUCCCAAUUUUAUCCACAUUUCCAUGCCAAAGUUUUCAUGAUAUGAGUAGGUAGCCGUGUUGGUCUGACGCAGUCAAAAUUAAUUAAUUAAUUAAUUAAAAACUUGUCCAGUAGCACCUUAGAGACCAACUAAGCUUGUUCUGGGUACAGUGGUACCUCUGGAUGUGAAUGGGAUCCGUUCCGGAGCCCCGUUCGCAUCCUGAAGCAAACGUAAGAUGUGACUGCGCGUGUGCGUGGGUCACGUUUCGCCGCUUCCGCGUAUGCGUGUGACGUCAUUUUGAGCGUCUGUGCAUGCGUGAGCGGCGAAACCUAGAAGUAACGCGCUCCAUUACUUCCGGGUCGCCACAGAGCGCAACCCGAAAAUAUUUAAGCUGAAGCGUAUUCAUCCCAAGGUAUGACUGUAUAAGCUUAGUUGGUCUCUAAGGUGCUACUGGACUUUUUUUCAUGAUAUGGUCACUCUAUGAUUAAACAAUUUGCCAGUGAUAUUUUUCAGUGAACUACAGUAUUUGCCCCUUUGUAUAUAGAAAGCAUCAAUGUUUGUGGCUCAGUGAACUAGAAGUAAGAUAAAUUUAUAUACGUCUCUAGCUAUGUUGAUGUGCCAUACAAAAUAGAGACAUGAAACUCUUUUGAGGCUUUGGUAUGGUCUGUCAUUCCAUCGUCUUAGACAGUUCACCGAUCUAAACAAUUAACUCUAAGAGGCAGUUAGCAAUUAUAAGCAUCUGGGAUGAGUGUUAAUCUCCUUUAGGAGACUGAAACUGAUUUUUCCGGCUGAGUCUGGUAGAGUGUGCAGAAGGAACAGGAAAGCAGUAGAUCUGGAUGUUGAAGGUGAAUCUGGCACCAUCUGUGGGUGGUGCAAAAACCAAGAAUAAGGAUAGUUUUCACCGGCUUCCUAUACUUAGUAUUGCUCUGUCCCAUUCACAAUCUGUUGACUGAGGGAAGAACAUCCUGCUAGGCUGCCUGUGGUUUACAGUUCUAUUCCUUUUACUGAUUCUCACUGGCUCGGGAUUUUCUUAGGUAGACCAAAGUUGUAGUAAUGGCCUGAGACACUUCAUUUUUAUCCUUGGCAUGCCCUUUGUGUGACAACUCUGAAAAAUGGCUGAAGCCCACAAUACCUCAAAUACAACCUCUUCCCAUAUUAACCGACCUGGACUCUGCGACCAUCAUCUGAGGCCCCCUCCACGAGAGGUCUGGAGAGUUGCAACACGAGAAUGGGCCUUUUCUGCAGUAGCUCCCCAUUUGUGGAAUGGUCUCCCCAGGAAGGUUCGUUUAGUGCCUUCAUUAUACAUCUUUAGGCACCAGGUGAAAAUGUUCCACUUCAACCAGUCCUUUGGGUGAUUAAUAUUCUAUGGCCUUUUAGUUUUAACUAUCUAGUGUGUGCUUUUCCCCCCUGUAUUUUUAUCUUGGGAACUGCCCUGAGAUCUUCGGAUGAAGGGUGGCGUAUAAAUUUAAUUAAUAGUAAUAACAGUGGACUAUGUGGCAGUGCUGCUAACCAUCUCUCAGAAGUCGCAACUUGUAAGGCUUGAUACGGUAAUAUUGCAUUUCAUUUUCAUUUUUUCCUCCACCUUUCUCAACAUAUUUAAAUUUUAAUAUAGUAUUGAGAAAAAUGGAGGGGAAAAUGAAAAUGAAAUGCAAGAUAGGGCACAACAGAAUGGUUCUCCGUCCGUUUCCCAGAAUCACAGACCUGCGAGCAGCCUAUAUUCUUGCUGCUCUACAUCUCCCCAUCAUAUUUCAAUCGCUUACCUUUGAUGCUAUUGCCCUUUGCUUCAUGCUUUCUACAUUUGCACUACAGUCCUGACAGCUCGCAUAGUCUGUUGACAUGUAAUGGCCAUUAGAAUCACUGAGCAUGUUCACUGAUUGUCCAGUAUCUCCCGAGACAGAUGGAUCCCAACCCAACCCAGUUCAGUGAUAUUAGUAGAUGUUGUAGCAGAAAAGCUAGUAGCAGUUGGUAGGGCGGCGUUGAUCACCUGGCUUCACCAACAUGGAGAUCGCCACUGGUAACCAAGAAGGAGAGGGGUGAGGCAGCGGGGAGGCUGGUGUGCUGUAGGAGCAUCAGAUGCCUGGUGAGUGAUGUCACCCCAUCCUGCCACCUCAUACCGGCCAUAGCUGUUAGCCACUGGGUAGCUGCAGAUAUGGGCACAUGUGCAACAGUGGAGCAUGGUCUCAGCCUUCCUAUUUCACAUGUGAUAAUGCUGCAGGUUAGAGAGCUGCAAUUUGGGUUUAUAGAGAGCUGGACUAUGAGAACCAGGAAAACUUUGAUUUCAGUCAUAUGGGUCCUGCUGAAACAAUAUGCUGCUCUGCUUGAGUGAUCUGGCACUCCACUUACUCAUUAGAUAAGGAGUUUGUGGCAGCACAUAGUGGCAUCUUGUCUCUGAGCUGCAAUCAAGAAUAAUUCAGGAGGCAGCAGAUGAAAACAGACUACAUCAUAAGCAUUUGAAUAGUACCAUUACUGCUGUGUUAUAACAGGAAAGCAACAUUAGCAUUUCCCCAAGUUCAUUAUAAAUUUAAGAAAUGAGGUAAGAUGCAGCAUGGCUUCAGAAGGCAAGAGGGGAAAUGCUUGCUCAUAUGAAGUUUUACCAUAUGAGGAUAGUGACAGUUUUGAUCGAUCGACUGUAGAAAUUACAUGUUGAUAACAAUGGAUAUUUAUUUUAAUUUGGUGAUGGAGCACAUUAUAUACAAUAGAGUUUAAUAAAUAUUUUUAAUAUGAGUAUUAUCAGAAAGAAGAUGCCCAGCAGGGCUAGAGUUUUUUAUUACUUUGAUCGAGUGCUGGAAAUAUUAUUUUAGCUGUGCAGAAGCAAAUGUGCCCUUCUAUUAUUCAUGAACAGAUCUUAUUUAGUUUCAGCCUUUCACUUUUCUAUACAAAAAGUGUAAAAGAUUUUUUACAUUAAAAUAUACUUUACAAAAGUAAUUAAGUAAUGAAGUUUCCCAUUCCUGUGCAUAUAAUGACUUACACAAGUAAUUCAUUGUCUGUAUGAAUAUUAACAAUAUAAUUUCCUUUUGCUAUUAGCCGUAACAUAAGAGAUUGUCUUAUGUCACGAUGCUGAGCAUGAAUAGAUGCACCUUUAUGAAUUUUGUUAAUUCUGUUUUGCCAUUCCUUUUUCUGUUUGUUUUCCUAAUAUACAGGAACAUUGGUAUGUACUUUAUUGAGAAUAAUCUAGGCAGACAUUCUUCAGAAUGAUCAAGUAGGUUGCUUGCCUUGAUUGGAAGUGCUACUGCAAUUCUGAAUUGGAAAUUAAGCACACCCUUAAACAGGAUCAGAAAAACACAUGAAGCAGACAUUGAUGUAGAUGUAGAAAACGUAUUCACCGUCCUUCCAAUGCACUUGCAUCACUCAGGAUGGCUGACAAGAAUUAAACAUAAAACAAUUCCAUAAAAGCCAUAAAAACAGGCGGAAGAUCAAAGCAUUCUAAAAAUGAGGGUCUGCUGCAGAAAAAUCAUCUGCCUAGCAAAAUAAAUACUCACUGGAACAGGAAAGUUUUAACUAGUCAGUGAAAAACAAUAAGAGAGUGGGGCAAAGGAUUAGAAUACUAGGGAGAGCUCUCUGAAUUAGUCCAGUGUCCCAUCUAGUUCAGCAUCAUGGUCUCACAGUUGCCAACCAGAUACCUCCCCUUCAGGCUUUAAAAAAAAUAUUUUUUGUACUUCUGAAAACCUUGGGGUUCCAAAAGUCUUCUAAUGUCUCUCUCUUGGGCAUGAAAUGUGCCAUGUUGGUGGCAUAAGCUUUAAUGUACUAGAGACGACUUUGUCAGGUGUGUGUAUUCUCUUCCAAGCAGUCUUACUCCACAAUAAAUCUGCAAGUGCUAACCAUGUCUGAUCAGAAGUAUGUCCUAUGGAAUUUAAUGUAAGGUUACCAGAUUUUUUUCAAUGAAUUCAGGGACACUUCAUUGAAAUGAGUUGGAAUGAUAGGAUUUUGUCAGGGGACUGAUUUGUAAAUCUGGGAACUGUCCCUGGGAAGCGGGGACGUCUGAUAACCUUAAUUUAAUGUGGUUCUUAAUUCCAAAUAAGUAGUGUUGAGAUUGCAGCUGAAGAUGCUACAGGACCCCCUGUUUUUGAUGCAGAAGAUUAAUAUAACUCCUUCUUUUUCUAAAGUAACCAAAUUUCCAUCUUGUAGUACAUGCACACACACAUAUGUAUGUGUAUACAUGUUUUGCAUAUUUACACACACACAUACACACACACCCCUAUGAUUUUAAGAUGCAAAAUAUGCCAGUUAUUUCAGGAUAAACCUAUACUGCACAUAUCAAUUUCAAUGAGAUUUCUGCUUAUGUGUGCAGAACCACAGCUUGUUUAUAACCUACCAAGGGAUUUUGGAAUAUAUUAAAAAUGAAACCUUAAUAAUGAUAAAUGUUAAAGGAAAUAAUAAUUUCCACCCUGUUCAAUUGGCUUUGUGUGCUUUGUUUCUGCAGUUAUUCUCAUUAUAUUUGAUGAGCUUUCAGAUAUAGCUUAGAAGUUAUUAAAGAUGCCACAAGAUGUGGUCUGAUUAAUUAUAUGAAUGUUAAAGAACAUAAAAUGCUCUAAUUGUUAUACUAUUCAAGCAGUCUCAAAUUAGUAAAUGAGAUUUCAGGGGAAAGCUGGUAUUUCUGUCAACGCAGAAUGCCUGUUCUCAGAACUAUAUCUUGAUAAUUUUUCAAUGUGUUUUCCAGGGUGGAAAAAUUCCCAUAAGAUGGACAGCCCCUGAAGCAAUAGCCUACAGGAAGUUCUCUUCCGCAAGUGACACAUGGAGUUAUGGGAUUGUCAUGUGGGAAGUAAUGUCAUAUGGAGAGAGGCCAUAUUGGGAGAUGUCUAACCAGGAUGUAAGUAUUUUCAGGCAAAAUUAGUUUAUAUAAAUGUUCUUUCUUGAAAGUGGCAAUGCUUACCGCAUUGAUACUGGAUUCAGGGCCGGCUCACCCAUGUAGCAGGGUGAGACAGCCACCUCUAGCGAUGGAUGUGGACCCCCUGGGAGGAGUGGCAGAUGCUGCCUCUGCUUCUGCUUCCCCUUCCUCCAUCACCACCACCUUUUCUCAUUCUGAUGCUGAUCUUUACUUUCCCCUUCCAUUCCAAGGCUGAUCUUCACUCUCCCCUUUGAUUUCCAGGCUGAGCUUCACUUUCCCCUUUCAUUCUGAUGCUGAUUUUCACUCCCCACCCCAUCUCAGCUGGGGGAGGGUCUUUUUGUGUUUCACCUAAGAUGCCAAAAUAUCUUUGGCUGGUCCUGAUUAGAUGGAAUACAUUCUAAGUAAAGCCUUUGGUAUGUCUAACUAGGAAUAACCCUAUUACUGUCAGUGGGGCUAUUAUUGAUUGAUUAUUGAGCAUGCACAACUCUGUGUUGGAUUGUGGCCAUUUUACAUGGUUGUGUAGGCAUUUGCAGAACUGUCGCUCCUAGCAGAAUGGAAAAUUAGCUUAUCUCUGUAAGGAAAUAAUCAAGGGUCUGGAAACCAAGCCUUAUGAGGAAUGUUUGAUGGAGUUGGGUAUGUUUUGCCUGGAAAAGAGGACAUUGAUAAUAACAACAACAGCAACUUUAUUUAUACCCCGCCCAUCUGCCUGGGUUUCCCCAGCCACUCUGAGCGGCUUCCAACAAAAGAUUAAAAAUGCAUUAAAAUAUCAGUCAUCAAAAACUUCCCUAAACAGGGCUGCCUUCAGAUGUCUUCUAAACGUCAGUUGUUUAUUUCUUUGACAUCUGAUGUCAGGGCGGGCGCCACUGAGAGGAGAUAUAGCCAUCUUCAAAUAUCUAAAGGGCUGUCGAAUGGAAGAUGGAGCAAGCUUGUUUUCUCCUGCUCCAGAGUAACAAGAAGUUACAAGAAAGGAGAUUCCGACUAAACAUCAGGAAGAAAAUUCUGACAAUAAGAGCUGUUCAACAGUGGAAUGGACUCCCUCAGAAGAUGGUGCACUCCCCUUCAAGGGAGGUUUUUAAGCAGAGGUUGGGCAGCCACUUGUCAUGGGUGCUUUAGUUGAGAUUCCUGCAUAGCAGGGUAUUGGACCCUCAGGGUCCCUUCCAACUCUACAAUCCUAUGAUUCUAUGAAAUGAAAAGGAAUCCAGAAGAAAACACAUGGCAUAAUUCUAUAACUUAACUUGGUUACAUUGUCUUUACUGGUUCUGUCUCCUUUUUGGCCCACAAUUUCCUUUGUACAGACUCAUACCCACUUUUCCUCUUGUUAAAAGAAAUCAAUAAAGCAGCUUUAUUCAUUCUGCACAGAUGGUAGAUAUAAAGCAGGACUGAGACAUAACAGGGACAAAUGUAGCCCUCUAUAUCCAGCCCUCAAAAUUCUCCCCAGACUAUUACACCCCUCAUUAGACCAGAUCUAUGCUCUUCUCAAAUACUUUUGCUUGGCUGGAAUGUGUUCUUCCACAUCCUAGCCCAGAUGAAGAGGGUUGGGGUUGUAGAAACCUCUGACUGUUGAAUAGCUGGAAUGUAGUAUACUGAGCAAAGGUAAGAGGCUCCUCUGCCACACUCACUUUUACCCCAGGCCAUGCUCACCACUUCAUGAUGCCUGUGGAAUCUUGCCUACAAGGGAAUGAGGCCCUCAGGCUGAAAGAGAUUCCCCAGGCCAAUAUAGUAGUUGUAGUAGCAUUUUUUUUUUAUUUCUUACCUGACCCUCAACAGCUGUCCCAGGGCAGGAUGUAACAAUAGAAAAACACAACAUACUGAAAUCAGUUAAAACAAUUUACAGUCAGAAAGGGUAGAUCCUAAAAUAUAUGUGUAUCCUAGGUGGCAAAAGCUAGGGUAAAGAGGAGUGUCUUCAGUGUAGGACAAAAGCUAUACAAUGAAACAUUCCACCCACAAAGUGCAUAUAACACCAUACUUAAGCAACUAAAAUGAGUGUGAUGUUAUCUUAAAUCCUUGGAAUUCAUAGGCACAUAAAUUGAGCAUGAAUGUUGAAUCUCAGUAUCUUAAAGCAAAGUAAUUCUAGCCUAGGUGUCUGAACUUGGAUUUUAGAUUAUAUUUAAUUCACAGAGGCUUGAAAAUAUAGAGCAUAAAUUUUACAUAUUAAUACAGUGAUUGAUUUUUUUAAUAUUCACUUUAUUACUCUGGUAUAAGAAAUGUUACUUGCUCAAGUAGAUAACUAUAUUAUUAUUGUAUUCACUCAAAGCUGUGGUAGUCUUGAUUAAUGCAUACUUAGGCUGUGUGGCAGAUACUAGAGGUGUUCAUUAAUUGUGGGUGUUGCACAAUCUUUCAUAUCUUAUUGGUUAAUUAAUAAACAUUAGCUAGGCUUUUGAACUUCCUGUGGAAAUUAGCAAGCUGCUGAACAGACUGAACUGAGAGAUUAGGUUUGGGACACUGUAAAAUUCAGUGAAUGUGUAAUAUAAAGGAGGUGUGAGUGAGUUCUCCUGUCACAAACCUAUUCACUUGAGGGGGUUUGACCACCUCCUUUUAUAUAGGUUCUUGCAAAUUCUGACUAUAAAUUCUGCUUCUCUGGACUUUACUAUGGUAUAGGUUUACAAAAGUAUGUGGGAUAUGGAUAGAGGGGUGUUUUUUUCUCCUCUCAUAAUACUAGAAUUCUUCUGUAACAUUUUCUUGUGGAAAUGCCAGAUCUUCCUCAGAAGAACAUUCCUCCAGCGGCAUGACAGUUGCAGCAUGCAGUUUGGAAUGUUUUGGUCUGCCAUCUUGAUUCUAAAUGCCAUCGUAUGGUAUCCAGACACUGAUGAAAACAGGCUCCAUCAUAUCAGGAAGCAUCAAUUUUUAGAGAUGUCCAAAUGUGCAGAACCCAAUUUUCAAAAAAUGAUAGUAGAUGAUUAUUAUGAUUAGCAUUCAGAACAUCUUAUAGGAGGGCUUCUGUCAUCACAUCUAAAAUAGCUUAUUAAUUACUUCAGCUUAUGCAUAGGAAAAACUGUGACAUUAGGACCUUUUGCAGGCCAUUUAGCUUCCAUGUCUAUUCACACCAGAGUGUGGGACACUGGCUACUGGUGUUUUAUUGGCAUAGCUUGCAUAUGGAAAUGUCAAGUAAUAUGAACUUGCCUUGUGUCCCCUAUCCCUCUUCUUCUAUUUAGGUAAUCCUGUCCAUAGAAGAAGGCUACAGGCUUCCAGCUCCCAUGGGCUGCCCAGCUUCUCUCCACCAACUAAUGCUUCAUUGCUGGCAAAAGGAGAGAAACCACCGGCCAAAGUUCACCGACAUUGUCAGCUUCUUAGACAAAUUGAUACGCAACCCCAGCUCUCUUCAUACCCUAGUGGAGGAUGUACUUGUGUAAGAUGCAGAUCAGUGUGCUCUUCCUGUGUGUAUUACAGUCCCUAGACAGCACCAUGCUAUUCACAGAAUUUGUCAAAAUAAAGUUUUCAGUAUAAAAGUGAUCAAUUUCCCCAUUCAUGUGUGACGUUCUAACUUUUCUUUCUUCAUCUUGCCCUAGAUCACAUGCAUAAAGGCCAGUUCAGGUGUUAAACCUCUUUUCCACCUGAUGGGUUUAAAUUCUUUCCAGGGAUACAUUCACAUUGGAAACAGUGAUGUGGAAUGAAGUAUCUCCAUGAACACAGCUGCAUCUACUUGAAAGUGAUUUCUGUAAUCACAACAGCUGGUAAUAGUGCUGCUGUGAUUGAGGAAAUUGCCACAAGGAAUAUCAUUAGGUUAACGCAGAUAAUUUGGCAGACAUGUAUGCAGCAAAUAUCACAUUUUGAUCUGUAUUUGUUCAGUCCCAAAGAAUAUCCAUAUAUAUGAUCACACAAUACAAAUAAUCGAAUACUUUAGCAAAUACUGAGCAAAUAAUAUCCACAAGUAUUUAUUUACUUCCAGUCCAUUUCACUUUGAAAUGUUUUCACCCAUAAACCUAUUAUUUAAAUCUGCAUUAAAAAUAUUUUUUAUCUAAAAAUAUAGAGCUGAAAAAAUGGAUUGGAACAUCUGGGAAGUUCAAAAGGCCAAUCUGAAUAUUUGUCUGGGAGAGCAGGUUGGGUCAUAUUGGAAUUAUAUGCACAUAGGGUUCCAAAUUGUGGGGGUGGACCAUAGUUCUGAAUUAAUUACAUAGAUAGAGAUUUUAUAUUGUUCUACUGUUGUAUUGUUUGAAAAAGAAAGAAGCUGAAACUAAAAAGCAACUUUUGUUUCUAAAAUUAUGAUUGAUAAUUGUGAAUUGGACUGUGCUCUUAGAUUAGUAUCUGAACUUUACUGCUUGGCUGAUCUAAUUCAUUUUUUAGAGUAAUUUGCACAUAAGCUGUCAGCAAUCCUUAUCAUGAAUUAAAUGAAGUACAGUAUUUCAUUCUUGCCCCUGUGUUUGUGCUCCUGUAGAAUGCCAGAUUCACCUGGUGAAGUUCCCGAAUACCCUUUCUUUGUAUCAGUCAGUGAUUGGCUGGACUCAAUAAAAAUGGGCCAAUACAAAAAUAACUUCAUGGCAGCAGGGUAUACAACUAUGGAUCUUGUUUCAAGAAUGAGCAUUGAGUAAGUAAACUAUUUAUACUGCUGUAAAGAAGUGCCUUACUGGGGGUGGAAAUGGGUUUGAUUCCCUCCUGCUCCUUCAAAAAAAGAAACUUUAAACAAACAGACAGACAAAAAACCCACUUGUUCAAAGAAGGCUUCAGGCCCUUGUGGACAGAAGCAGGAAGUAUAACUCAGGUGCUAUUAUUUCUCAUCCAGUAGAGCAAAAGUAGUGGAAAGUGCAACUAUACAAGCCAUUUGGGGCAGUUUUGCCCACUACAAAUAAAAAGCCAAGGGCUUCAUUACAUGUUCAUUCUAAACAUCUCUUUACACACUUGAAAUAUACUCAGAGUCGAGAGUGGAUUUCAUGCUCUUUAUUCAGUUUACAGUGGUGAGGAGGAAUGGAAGUUCCCCCAGAAUGUCUUCUUUAUAUACAUUAUUUACACAAUGGGCCCCACGUGAUUGGCUAAUUCUGGGAUUCACCUGUAGGCCAAUCAGGUUGCAGAUUCACUUCCACCUGGAGCUGGAUUGGGUGGCUCCUGUGGACCAAUCAGACUGCUACCUUUUGGAUCCUAUUCAACUCAGAACAUAACACUCCAGUUCAAUUUUAAUUUACAAGGCAUGAAAUUGCAGACUUUGUUCACAAAUAAAUCACUUGCCAGGUCUUAGUUCAGUGGGAUUCCUGGCUCUUUUUCGUUUCAGUUGGAGAUACACCUCUGUUGUUGAUCAUUUCAGGCAUCACACGACAUAUUGUAAUAUAGAAAGUCUAAGGCUAAUAAGCAUAUGAAAUCAUUUGAAUUCUGUUUUCUGUACUGCAGCUGCGAUGUUUAGUGAUUCAUAAACAUACUUUUUUCUUACAGUGAAAUUAGAAGAAUUGGUGUUGUACUUAUUGGACACCAGAGACGAAUAGUGAGCAGUUUACAGACUUUGCGAUUACACAUGAUGCACAUACAGGAGAAAGGAUUUCAUGUAUGAAAGUUCUAGAAGCAACUGUGUUUUGUGCCUCAGCAUUUCUAAAAUGGAAGAUACUCUCAAUCCUUCUUUCUGCUCUUCCCAGCUUCAAGAACUGAAACUUCCUAUUCAUACUAUAAACACAUAAUGUUUAUGUUAAUACUUCCAACUUGAAAUUUUUAAUCACAUUGCAUAGCUCCUCCCUCAAUAAACUGCCAAUAACAUCCUGGCCCACUGCAAGACUGUUGCUGCACAACGGUGAAUAGCUCAGCAUGGAUGUAUAACUUUGUAUAACAGUAAAGUAUUUGGAAAACUUUCAUUGACUUCUGUGAAAGUUAAAGCCUUCUAGGCUUGGAGUGGCUACCUUCUUGAUGUGUUAGAGUUUGAUGAUAGUUUUUUUUUCUAAAAAAAAGUAAUUGACAUUUCUUUUCAUGUUUUGUGACCAUUAGCUUCCAAUAUACAAUGUGCAAUCGAGAAAAAAGAGUUUGACAUAAAUAUUUAUUUUAUGAUAAUGGGAAAUCCCAGAUGUAUGGUUUGUGUUGUAUUAUUUACUUUGUAAUAGUUCAAUUGCUGGUAGGCUCGUAUGGAAGUUGUAAGAAUUCUUGGUCAGGAUGAACAAUGACAACUUACAGUGAAUACUUUGUGUGUGUGUGACCAGGUUGAAUUGGACGAUUUGCGAGGAUGAUAGGCCAUCACAUGCUUGUGAAGUGAUGUGUUUAAUUAAUUAAAUUUAAUUUGCUUGAAAACUAGGUACCUUUACCCCACGCUUUGCCAACCUGAGGUUCUCCAGGUUUUUGUCUGCAACUCUCAUCAGUCAGUCUGAUUUUUAUGGUUUGUAGACAAUGCCCACUACAAUAUAAAUCAUAACAUCUCCC